GGCUUCAAAAAAAGAGCGGGACUGGGACAAGCAUAUCUAAGACGCUGCCGCGCUUCAAAAAAAGAGCGGGACUGGGACAAGCAUAUCUAAGAGGCUGCCGCGCUUCAAAAAAAGAGCGGGACUGGAACAAGCAUAUCUAAGAGGCUGAACAUGAAUCCACAGAUCAGAAAUCCAAUGGAGCGGAUGUAUCAACACAUAUUCUACUACAACUUUGAAAAUGAACCCAUCCUCUACGGUCGGAGCUACACCUGGCUGUGCUACGAAGUGAAAAUAAGGAAGGACCCCUCAAAGCUCCCUUGGGACACAGGGGUCUUUCGAGGCCAGGUGUAUUCUGAGCCUGAGCACCACGCAGAAAUGUACUUCCUCUCUUGGUUCUGUGGCAACCAGCUGCCUGCUUACAAGCGCUUCCAGAUCACCUGGUUUGUAUCCUGGACCCCCUGCCCGGACUGUGUGGCGAAGGUGGCUGAAUUCCUGACUGAGCACCCCAAUGUCACCCUGACCAUCUCCGCCGCCCGCCUCUACUACUACCGGGGUAGAGAUUGGCGGAGGGCGCUCUGCAGGCUGCGUCAGGCAGGGGCCCGAGUGAAGAUCAUGGACUAUGAAGAAUUUGCAUACUGCUGGGAAAACUGUGCGUACAAUGAAGGUCAGCCAUUCAUGCCUUGGUACAAAUUUGAUGACAAUUAUGCAUUCCUGCACCGCAAGCUAAAGGAGAUUCUCAGACACCUGAUGGAUCCAGACAUGUUCACUUUCAACUUUAACAAUGACCUUUCGAUCCUUGGACGGCACCAGACCUACUUGUGCUACGAGGUGGAGCACCUGGACAAUGGCACCUGGGUCCCGAUGGACCAGCACUGGGGAUUUCUAUGCAACCAGGCUAAGAAUCCUCUCCAUGGCGUUGAUGGCUGCCACGCAGAGCUGUGCUUCCUGGACCAGGUUCCUUCUUGGCAGUUGGACCCGGCCCAGAUGCACAGGGUCACUUGGUUCAUCUCCUGGAGCCCCUGCUUCAGCUGGGGCUGUGCCGAGCAAGUGCGUGCGUUCCUUCAGGAGAACACACACGUGAGACUGCGCAUCUUCGCUGCCCGCAUCUAUGAUUACGACCCCUUGUAUCAGGAGGCACUGCGAACGCUGCGGGAUGCUGGGGCCCAAGUCUUCAUCAUGACCUACGAGGAAUUUGAGUACUGUUGGGACACCUUUGUGGACCGCCAGGGAUGUCCCUUCCAGCCCUGGGAUGGACUAGAUGAGCACAGCCAAGCCCUGAGUGGGAGGCUUCGGGCCAUUCUCCAGAAUCAGGGAAACUGAAGGAUGGGCCUCAGUCUCUAAGGAAGGCAGAGACUUGGGUUGAGCCUCAGAAUAAAAGAUCCUCUUCCAAGAAAUGCCAACAGGCCGUUCACCACCGUCUCCAGCCACUCACAGACACCAGCAAAGCAAGGCGCUCCUGACAAAUAGAUUUUUUAAAAAUCAGAGUGAAUUAAUUUUAAUUGAAAAUUUCUCUUAUGUUCUAAGUAUAUAAUAGUAAGAUUGUGCUCAAUGUUCUCAGAAUAGUUUUCAAUUUAUUAAUGAAAUGAUUAACUGGCUUCGUAUCUAGACUAAUAAAACAUUAAGAAUCUUCCAUUAUUGCUU